AUGAGCAUGUCUCUGAAUUCAGCAAUUUCUAAUCCCAAAGCGGCGGGACAGUCAAACGACCAGCAACCAAUGGCAUACUCCCAACUCUCUCGACGAAAUCUUGCCCAGCAAAGACAACACACAGAGUCUAAUUUAUCUAGACUUGAAGCAGAAUCUGUGUCUGAAGCACUACCUGAAGGGUUUCCACAUAAGGAAAGAGCGAAUUUUCUUCAUGCUCUACAUCUUGACAGACCCAUUGUGAAGUCUUCGUUGGCGGCUACAUUGUUGAACAUUGCAUGCGGCUCGAUUUGGGGUGUGUUAGCUAGAAAGGGUCUAAUUGCACUUACAUCCUAUCCAGGUGCAUAUCUCGGGGGUUUGGUGUGGGCGAAUUUUGCGGCCUGUUAUGUGAUGGGCAUGGCGAUGGAAUCGGAGCUUUUGUGGCUGCAGUUGUUGUUGGCGGCCGACGGAAAGCUGCCUCUUUUUCCGACCAAGGGAGCUAUACCUUUUUACGUAGGCAUCACGACCGGGUUCUGUGGUCUGUGUAGUAGUUUUUCCAGCAUGAUCCUUGAGAUGUUCAAUAAAGCUGCGAAUCUUCCGCCGGUAGUUGCAAAGUAUCCAAACGCUGGCUAUGGAGUCAUGGGCGCAAUUGAGGUUGUCCUUACACAUUUGGGCCUCUCCCUUGCGGGAUAUCGCGCGGGAAAGCAUGCGUCUAGAUACCUUGAGCGUCUCAAUUACUCGCUCCUGCCUAGGGGCUACUAUUUCUUGGAGCUCCUUAGCUCUGCCUUUGGUGUGGCUGCCUACAUAGUCGUGAUCGUUCUCAUUGCCUUGAAGAAAGGAAACACAUGGCGUGAGUGGACGCUAUCCUGCCUCUUUGCUCCAUGGGGAGCCAUUCUUCGUUUUGCAUUGUCAAAGAAAUUGAACCCGAUUAAGAAGGACUUUCCUUUGGGCACAUACACCGCCAAUUUCUGCGGGUCUAUACUUCUUACAAUUUUCAAUCUCCUAAUACGAGGAAGAAAAUCAAAACUAUCAUCAAUUCCAAUUGUUGAUCAUUCCCAGGCUUGUGAUGUUCUUGUGGGGCUCGAUGAUGGCUUCUGUGGCUGUCUCACUACCGUGUCUACUUUCAUUGUCGAGCUUUGUGCCUUGACAAUGUCACCUUCUUACACAUAUGGAGCUGUUUCUGUCAUGUCCAGUUUCGUGGCCAUGCUUUUGAUUUUAGGCCUGUACAAUUGGACCAUUGGACUCACGUUGCCAGUUUGUUAG